ACUAGCACAAAACUUUGAUCGCACGGCCUUCUAGUCCUUCGUCAUUCCUAAAGCCAUCAGUCUAAACCACCCACUACAUACUACAUACUACAUACUAUGUAGUCACUUACAAGGUAAAUAAAUACUAGGUACGCUGCGUUGACAUAGCUCUCACAGCUCGUGGCCACUUCUCAAAAUGCGUAAUCUACGCAACAUUCGAUAUAAUGCUUGGAGACCAUCGACUGACUUGGAUGGGGAAACUAUCACAUCGACAUGUUGGGAUCCUGCCAAGGAUGAAAUCUUAUGUACCUUUGGUCCAAGAGAGCAAGAUGGUCACAUUCGUCUGGUGAGGAUUUUAGAGCAUGUGAGGGCUUCUUCUAUUGACAUCGAAUGUCAAGAUGUUGCCUCAUGGGAUGCUCCAAGUCCAAAUCCAGACUUGGCUGUGGAUAAGAUCAUAAGUUUGCAUCAUUUUAGCGAUACUCUUACAACAUGUCUGGUCCUCGAAGGGGGCGAUAUAGUCAUCGUCCAAGAAUCAGAUGGCAUGAACCCUCAACAGGGAGUCCAUAUCGAAAUCAUGGGAUCCAUAGAUGAGGGUAUCACCGCUGCAAGCUGGUCUCCAGAUGAAGAACUACUAGCCAUUACCACCAAGGCGAACACCAUGGUUUUCAUGAGUCGUGGCUUUGAUCCUAUAUCGAAUAUGACCAUGGCUGCUGACGACCUGAAAGCGUCCAAGCACGUCUCUGUCGGCUGGGGUAAGAAAGAAACACAGUUCCAGGGCAGGGGUGCCAAAGCCCUUCGGGACCCUACAAUACCAGAAAAGGUAGACCAGGGCGUCCUUAGCCCCCAUGAUGAUGGAAGUGUCAUUAUUAGCUGGAGAGGCGACGGGGCAUACGUUGCGGUCAACUCCAUCGAGGCAGGCAUCCGUCGAGUCAUUCGGGUCUACUCUCGAGACGGUGUCCUUGAUAGCGUGAGUGAGCCUGUUGAUGGCAUGGAGACUGCCUUGAGCUGGAGGCCAGCCGGAAAUUUGAUGGCAGGCAUACAACGCCUCGAGGACCGCGUAGAUGUCAUCUUUUUCGAGAGAAAUGGUUUGAGACAUGGGCAAUUCUCGCUGAGAGCCCCUGAAGACCGAACACUCGCCGAGGACAAGAUACGACUAGAAUGGAACUCAGACUCUACAGUGCUAGCCGUCACCCUUGACGACCGGAUUCAACUUUGGACUAUGGGAAAUUACCAUUGGUACCUAAAACAGGAAAUUCUCACGGAAAAGCGGCCUCUUUGCCUUACAUGGCAUCCCGAAAAGCCGUUGCGUUUUGCCUCAGCUGUCUCAAGUAAGCUAUUGCUCGCAGAAUACAUCUUUGAAAUAACUCGUGGGUCUCUUACGCCGCCCUACGACCACGGAGCAGUUGCCGUGAUAGACGGGAAGACACUCAAACUCACCCCCUUCCGGACCGCCAAUGUUCCUCCUCCAAUGUCCUUGUUCGAACUACAUGCAUCGUCGCCUAUUAUCGACGUGGCUUUCUCCCCUGCAAAUACAUUCAUGGCUGUCCUUCACCAAAAUGGGGUAGAUGUACACGAGUGGAGAAUGAAAGAGCACCGCUCUUUGGCUCCAUCGUUGGUGGGUAGUGUGACUUUUACCAAGGAUAAUUCAGGUGAAGAGUGUAUGCCUCUGCAAAUCGCCGUCACUGAGAAUAGUGUUGUUCAUUGCCUCGGGUUCGAAAAUGGGCCGGUGAUCCAAUCACAUCCCUUUGAUCCGACUACUGGCGAAUUCUCCUCCAAUUCAAGUAUCUAUGCAGGUUCCAUGUUUGGAUUUGUGCGCUUAACUCAAGCAGGAUCCACCGAUGUGCUUGCUCAGGAUUGCAUUGGCAGGCUUCAUGGCGUUGUGAACCAGCAGGAUGAGCUAUACUCAACUCGCCUUCCAGUUCAGCUUCCAUGGAGCGAAAUCGUCGACUUGGCUGGAAACGUCAUCGCUGUUGGGUUAUCUAGAAAUGGUCAUCUAUAUGCAAAUUCUCGCCUCUUGCUCAAGAAUUGCACAUCUUUCUUAGUCACACCGGCUCAUCUCAUAGUAACGACUACAACUCAUCUGGUCAAAUUCAUCCACCUGGUUGACGUUAACAGCUUGGAGGUACCGCCAGAUGAUCCCGAAAACGAUGAGAGAUGCAGGAGCAUUGAGAGAGGUGCACGGCUUGUAACAGCAAUGCCUACAAACAUGAGUCUGGUUAUGCAGAUGCCUCGAGGGAACCUGGAAACUAUCUAUCCUCGAGCCAUGGUUGUGGCGGGCAUAAGACAGCUAAUCGAUGCUAAAGAUUAUGGAAAAGCAUACUCACAUUGUCGCACUCAGCGUGUAGACAUGAAUAUCCUUUAUGACCAUAGACCUCAGCAAUUUCUCGAAAAUGUUGGGCUCUUCUUAGACCAGCUUGAAGACGUCUCAUAUAUCGACCUUUUCCUCUCGUCUCUUCGUGAUGAGGACGUCACACAAACAAUGUACAGAGAUACGAGAGGCGUAAGGAACCAAGAACCACCCGAAAAUACUCCUAAUGGAACGGUCGUUGGUAGUACUCAAGGUGCUUCUAAGGUCAACACAAUCUGUGAUGCAGUGCUAUCCCAUCUCCAGUCACAUAAAUUCAAGGGCCACGGAACACUGCAGAAUAUCAUUACCGCCAAUGUCUGUAAAGUACCACCAGCAUAUGAGGACGGUUUAUUGGUUAUUGCCUCUCUACUCCAGGAAGACGAACAACUUGCCGAGAAAGCUGUUGAACAUAUCUGCUUCUUAGCCGAUGUCAACACGCUAUACGAUGAAGCCUUAGGUCUCUACCACCUAGAUCUAGCACUUCUAGUCGCACAACAGUCGCAAAGGGAUCCUCGAGAGUACCUGCCGUUCAUUCAAAAUCUGCACCAACUCCCUGAGCCAAGACGGAGAUUUUCUAUUGAUGAUCACUUAGGCCGUCACGAUAAAGCCUUGACACAUCUACAAUCUACUCAUGCGCACAAGGAAGCCCAAGAAUAUACAGUCAAGCAUGCCCUCUAUACUACGGCGUUAAAACUGUACCGCUAUGAUCAACCAAACCUGACCACCCUCAUCGGCCUCUAUGCGACAUACCUUGAGACCAAGUCUCGAUUCCGAGAAGCAGGACUCACGCACGAAUCCCUCCACGAUUACGCGUCAGCUACAAGGUGCUAUCGCGCCGCCGGUACUUCUUGCUGGCGCGAAUGUCUCUACACGGCGCAACAACAAGACCCUCCUUUAUCCCCCGACUCCUUCAACGAUCUCGCCUCGACCCUCGUCGAAGCACUUUACGAAGCGAAAGACUAUGCAUCCGCGGCCGCCAUCCACCUCGACCACCUCAAUUCCCUCGAGAACGCCAUCCCCUGUCUGUGCAAGGGUUACCUCUUCGCCGACGCUAUGCGCCUUGCGGCGCAGCGCGGGUGCCCUGCCACAAUUGUGGACUCGGGACUCGCGGACGCGCUGGGGAGCAGCACCGAGUUCUUUGCAGACUGCAAGGCUCAGCUGCGUGCGCAGGUGCCACGAAUUCUCGACCUGCGCCGGCGCGCCGCCGAGGACCCCCUCGGCUUCUAUGAGGGCGAGCGUGCCGGUGGCGGCGGCGGUGACAUCCCCGACGACGUAUCAGUGGCGGCUAGUUCGCGUAUCAGCACGAGCGCGAGCCUGUUCACGCGGUAUACGGGUAAAGGAGGCGGUAGCGUGGGCACGGCUGGAACAGGGGUCAGCCGGGCGACGAGUAAGAACCGCAAGCGUGAAGAAAAAAAGCGUGCGCGCGGCCGCAAGGGCACCGUCUACGAGGAGGAGUACCUCGUCAACAGCGUCCGGCGGCUCGUCGAGCGCGUCGAGGCCAUGCGGUCCGACGUCGAAAAGCUCAUCGCCGGACUUCUUCGCCGAGGCAUGCACGAGCGCGCGCGCGCCCUGGAGACGCUGGCCGCGGAGGUCAUCGACGCUUGUACGGUUUCUAUCAAGGAAGUCUUCGUUGCUCCUGGUAGCAACAAGGGAGGGGAGGAGCAGAAGAGCAAAGGUCAAGCAGUUGAUGGCGAGGAUGGAGAUGGGAAUGGGGAGUGGAGGCACCUGGGCGCGGACGCGGUGUUCUACGAGAACCUGGAGGCGGCGUGGAGGAAGCAGGAACCGCCUGUUAUCAAGGCGAUGGAGAGACUUGCGUUAUUGGCAUAGCAUACUAAGGCACGGGCAUAAAGGGGGUUUGGCUAUAGUGGGGUCAGGGGUUGGUUGGUUGGGUGGAUGGAUGGAUGGACGGGGUAGGGAAAAUGGCCAGAAGAAAAAAUAUAUGGUGGGAAGACGGAUCUCAUAUCACAUGCAUGCAUUUUCGAUACAUUUUUUCAACCCGUUAAAACGUAAAACAGGCAAAUAUGAAGAAGGGUGCAGAAAUCGAUUCGUUCGUACGUGCUGCUACUACUUCUUCUUCUGCUUACUUUCUUUCUUUCUUUUCUUUUCCUUCCUUUUAUUUAGGUGGGGUCCUCAUAAAUGCAUUUCGUUAUAUACAGUUAUGUUACAG